AUGGAGGUGCAGGAUUUUGAGCGUGACCCGUCCAGGAGGAGAGGCCAGGUUUUUGAUCAGGAUGGGUUGGAGAAGGUGAAGCAGCAGGAGGUCGCGGCGAAUGACCAGCCAGCAGCUACGAGGAAGGGGGGCCGGUCUGCUAAGGCAAUUCUUAAUCAGGUAAAUCUCCAAUCGCAGAAUCCUUACUCUUUACAGUUGCUGGUGUUGCUGGAACCUUUGUCGGAUACUCCUCAACUUGAGGUGGUCCGACGGUUACUUGGGUUUGAUAGUGCUCUGGGAGCAUUGAAUAAUAAGGUGUGGGUUUAUUGGUACAAUGACAUGGCGUUGAAUUUCAAGGAACUGGCAGAACAACUCCUUCACAUGCACGUCACCUUCUCCUCGGGGUGCUCUAUUCAAUUCUCGGCAGUAUAUGCUCGGUGCACUAGGGUGGCAGCGACGAGAUCUGUUGUCAGCAAUGGGUGUGCUUUGGCAGGUGAAAUUGUUGGCGCCUGGUUACUAGCAGGAGAUUUUCACGUCAUCUCCAGUAUGGAGGAGCGCAUCGGAGGUUCCCCGGCCAAUGAAAGAAACAUGGACGAAUUUAAUGAUUCAAUUGGGCAAUUGUGGGUGUGGCAGCGCUUGGAUAGGGCCUUAAUGAAUCAGGAUUGGGCUGUUGGGUAUGAGUUCUCUCAUGUCUCACAUUUGUGCAGAGGUCGUUCGGAUCAUGCUCCACUGUUGAUUAGCUGCCAGAAUGGGAGUCCUAACAAACGUCCAUUUAAAUUUCUGAAUGUCUGGCGGAGGCACUCAGGUUUCAUGGAAGUGGUUUUUGGCAAUAUUUUUAACAGGGUCAGAGAGGCAGAGGUUGUUCUGAAACAACGGGAGGAGCAAUAUGACAUUGAGAGGGACUCGGGUUCCAGAUCAGCGCUGGAGGAGGCCAAGGCGGUUUAUGCGAGGAGCCUGGCAUGGGAAUGUGAGUAUUGGAGACAGAAGGCUGGCAUCCGAUGGUUGCAGGUGGGGGAUGCUAAUUCGGCAUUUUUUCAUUCUCGAUGCCGUCAGCGUCGCAACUUUAAUUUUAUGGCUCGCAUUAAAGAUCAGUCGGGAACAUGGGUGGAGCAUAUCCAAGACAUCAAGCAUUCAGCCGUGGACUUCUUUGCUUCUUUGUUAGCCUCUGAGCAACAUGGAUGGCAAGCUCCGGGGUUUCCUUUUACGCUCCCACAUUUGGCUACUGCGGACAAUGCCAUGUUAAGUGCGCCACCUGACAUGGAAGAAUUGAAGGGGGUGGUUUUUGCGUUACAGGCAGAUAGUGCUCCGGGACCUGAUGGGUUUGGGGCUGGCUUUUACCAGGCUUGUUGGGAUAUUAUCAAGUCUGAUUUGUUGGAGGCGGUUCAGGCGUUCUUCCAGGGUAUGCGUUUACCUAGGAGUUUUACUAGCACUUCUAUUCUUCUCCUUCCUAAGGUUGCGGGCGCCACGCAAUGGAAGGACUUCAGACCAAUCAGUUUGUGCAACGUCUGCUCAAAGAUUAUUUCUAAGAUCGUUUCAGAUCGGUUGGGUAGGGUUCUUCCUGCUUUAGUGGACCCCUGGCAGACUGGCUUUGUACCAGGCCGUGGAAUCACGGACAACAUUCUUCUCACGCAAGAGUUGGUGGCAGAUUUAGAUCGGCGAUUGAAGCACCCGAAUCUCAUGCUGAAAUUGGAUAUGGAAAAGGCGUAUGACAGGGUCGAGUGGCCUUUUCUUUUGUUUAUGCUGCGAAAGUUUGGUUUUGAGGAAAAGGUGGUAGACAUCAUUUUUCGUCUGGUGUCUAAUAAUUGGUUUUCAGUAUUGGUCAAUGGGGAGGCUGCGGGAUUUUUUAAGUCCUCAAAGGGGCUUCGGCAGGGGGACCCGGUGUCUCCUGCCCUUUUUGUAUUAAUUGCCGAGUUUUUAGGUCGAGAUCAUCUUCUGGUUAGUCAACCGGGCAGGUUGUUUGUUUCGUCAGGGACUCCGGUGCCCUACCUCGCUUUUGCUGAUGACAUGCUAAUUUUUACAAGAUGCUUGGAGGAGUGCCUGACUGCAAUCAAGGGGUUUCUUACGGCGUACCAGGAGGCCUCUGGUCAAAGGGUAAAUUGCAGUAAGAGCUCCUUUUUCUUGCCAUCAGGGCUACUUCAAGGCAGGAGGAGGUGGUGCAUAGGAUUUUGGGUUUUCACGUCAAUUAUUUCCAUUCACCUAUUUGGGGUCACCUAUUUAUAA